CAAAAAUUUUCCAAAUUUUUAGGUAUAUGUCAUAAAGGAAAUGCAUGUAAUUACAAACAUGAACGAGAACGUAUAAGGCUUUGUAUACCAUUUUUAAAUGGGAAAUGUUUUAAUAAGCAAUGUUUACUAUCACAUUCUAGCAAUGAGUUCAAUACUCCAUUGUGUAAGUAUUAUUUAGAGAAGAAAUGUUCCAAUAGUCAAUGUCGAUACAAGCAUACCACACCUAAGGGUUAUGAAGAUUCAAAUACUGAAAUAUGGACCUGUCGACCAUUUGCAAUUGCAGGAUGGUGUAUACGAGGGGAUAAAUGUCCAUUUUUACAUUUACUACAAUGUCCAGAUUUUGAGGAGACUGGUAAAUGCCCUAGAGGGAAAUCUUGUUUUUUAAGUCAUCCAUAUACUUUAAGAACCCAAGAGUUGAUGACACUUCCAGGUAAUAAAUACCAGCGAGAACAGAAGGACGAAGAGAUAUUGAUAGAAAGCGAUGAUGAGCGUGAAAAGCAGGUGAUUAACAGUUACACUGUCGAUCCUUCGCUAUUAUUUGUUCGAGGGAAACUUGAAAACAAGUAUGACUUUUAUAUAGAUCAGCCAACACAAGAAAAAGUUCAACCAAAUGAAGAAUUCAUGAUUCAUCUCGAAUCCGAAUCAGAAGACGAA